AUGGCGUGGUUUUUGUGCAUGUGUGUAUUCUCUGUGGUCGGGCUGGGUCUACUGCUCUUGCAGGCGAAACUUCGAAGGUCCCUGGAGACCAGAGGGGCCCCCCCGAGCCUGCCCGCGUUCCCACUCAUCGGGAGCCUGUUGAGCCUGCGAAGCAAUCAGGCACCGCAUGUCCUCUUCCAGAAGCUGCAGCAGAAGUAUGGACAGACCUAUUCUCUCAUGAUGGGCGCACACACAGUCAUCCUUGUCAACCACCACCAGCACGCCAAAGAGGUCCUCCUUAAAAAGGGGAAAAUCUUUGCAGGGAGACCCAGAACAGUAACCACAGACAUGUUGACGAGGGACGGUAAAGAUAUUGCCUUUGCAGACUACGGUGCCACUUGGAGAUUUCAUCGUAAAACAGUGCAUGGAGCCUUGUGUAUGUUUGGUGAGGGCUCUGCCUCCAUCGAGAAGAUUAUCUGUAGGGAAGCCCUCUCCCUGUGUGACACUCUGCGAGAGUCAGGGAGUGCAUCGUUGGACUUGUCCCCAGAGCUGACAAGAGCUGUCACCAACGUGGUCUGCUCUCUCUGCUUCAGCUCCUCCUAUUGCCGCGGCGACCCCGAGUUUGAGGCCAUGCUGCAGUUCAACCAGGGCAUUGUGGAUACGGUCGCUAAGGACAGUCUGGUGGACAUCUUCCCAUGGCUACAGGUCUUCCCCAACGCAGACCUGCGUAUCCUAAAGCAGUGUGUGUCAAUCAGAGACAAGCUGCUUCAGAAGAAAUACGAGGAACACAAGUCGGACUACAGCGAUCAUGAACAGAGAGACCUGCUGGACGCCCUGCUAAGGGCCAAACGCAGUGCUGAGAACAACAACACCGCCGAGAUCACCACGGAGACUGUGGGCCUUAGUGAAGACCACCUGCUCAUGACUGUGGGUGACAUAUUUGGAGCCGGAGUGGAAACCACGUCAACGGUCCUAAAAUGGGCAAUUGCCUACCUCAUCCACCAUCCACAGGUACAAAAGCGAAUUCAGGAGGAGCUGGACAGUGUGGUGGGGGUAGACAGAACCCCCCAGCUCAGUGACAGGGGGAGCCUGCCCUACCUGGAGGCCACCAUUAGAGAGGUGCUACGCAUCCGGCCUGUUGCCCCUCUACUCAUCCCCCAUGUAGCCCAAACAGACACCAGUAUUGGCAAGUUCACUGUUAGGAAAGGUGCUCGCAUCAUCAUCAACUUGUGGUCCCUGCAUCACGAUGAGAAAGAGUGGAAGAACCCAGAGAUGUUUGAUCCUGGUCGCUUCCUGAACGAGGAGGGGACAGGUCUGUGCAUCCCCUCACCCAGCUACUUGCCGUUUGGGGCAGGGGUGAGAGUGUGUCUGGGGGAGGCGCUGGCUAAGAUGGAGAUCUUCCUAUUCCUCUCCUGGAUCCUUCAGCGUUUAACUAUGUCCGUGUCCCCGGGCCAGCCACUGCCCAGCCUGGAAGGAAAGUUUGGGGUAGUCCUCCAGCCGGUCAAAUACAAGGUCAAUGCCACACCAAGAGCAGGCUGGGAGAAGAGCCUUCUCCAGACAUCUUAG